UGAUGCCUGUCAUGGCCGCCUCCGUGGCCCGGGGCGGCGUGAAUGCCAGGGUCUUGCUGCGGAUGGCCAGGGGUUCCUGGUGGAGCAGGUCCAGGGAGGCAGCGGCGCUGGCGACAGCCAGAAAAUUCUGGACGACAGGCUCGCGCCCGGCAGGAGAGGAAGAGGCCAGAGGCUCUGAGCGGCCCGGGGACGUGGUGAACGUGGUCUUCGUAGACCGGUCAGGCCAGCGGAUCCCGGUGAGCGGCAGAGUCGGGGACAAUGUUCUCCACUUGGCCCAGCGCCACGGUGUGGACCUGGAAGGAGCCUGUGAAGCCUCUCUGGCUUGCUCCACCUGCCAUGUGUAUGUGAGUGAGGCCCACCUGGAUCUUCUGCCUCCCCCUGAGGAGAGGGAGGACGACAUGCUGGAUAUGGCCCCCCUCCUCCAGGAGAACUCGCGCCUGGGCUGCCAGAUCGUGCUGACCCCUGAGCUGGAAGGGGCUGAAUUCACCCUGCCCAAGAUCACCAGGAACUUCUAUGUGGAUGGACAUGUCCCCAAGCCCCACUGACAUGGGCAGCAGGACUGUCCCCCACACCACCAUGGCCCCAGGGCCAGGACUUGAAGGAAUAGUCGAGCCGCCAGCCCAGCCCAGCCCGGAGUGCGAACAGGCUGGAGAGAGAUGUCAGAAGCACGGUGAAGGCCAGAGACCGUGCUUGGAGAGAUCACUGUGUCCAGAGUCUGGAGGGGACAGGGCCCCUACUUGGGGUGCCAUCCCCCAGCCCCUAAGAAUGGGAGCGUGAGCAGGGGUGGACUCAAAUUGGAGCUGCAAUAAAACUGUCUCAUAGA